ACAGCUUUCAGAUUAAAGCAAUUGCAAGAGCAAAGAUUCUUCCUUUUCCCUUUUUUCCUGGGGGGGUGGGGGGUGGGGUGGGGGGAGGGAGCGCCCCCAGACAUUCCAGGACAUCACCCCCUGCCCCAAGCACGCAAUAAACACUGACAAGAAAAAGUUUUUAUUUCCUAGUUCAACUUUUUUUUUUUUCCUGGAAUAUAGACUGAAGAAUGGGAAUAAACACGAAUAAAUAACAAAGCGAGGCCGCGCACGCCGGGAUGCGCCUGGCUGCAGCCGGCGAGGCUAUUGUCUCCCCGCCCUGAAGCCAGCCCCGGCGUCUUUCUCCAGCUCGUUUCCUUUCCCGGCCUUUUUUUUUUUUUUUUUUUUAAUUUUCUUUUUUAAAAAGACGCCCCCUCCAGCCCCCUCGCCGGUGACCUUGGCCGCCUCGGAUGCUCUGAUUCCACGCGGCUCGCUCUAACUUGCCCCCGCGCCGGCCGGGCCCAUGGCCGCGUCGGAGGACGGGAGCGGCUGCCUCGUGUCGCGGGGCCGCUCGCAGAGUGACCCCAGCGUCCUCACCGACUCCUCGGCCACCUCCUCCGCGGACGCCGGGGAGAACCCAGAUGAGAUGGACCAAACGCCCCCGGCGCGUCCUGAAUAUCUGGUCUCAGGGAUUCGAACUCCCCCUGUGAGGAGGAACAGCAAACUGGCCACCCUGGGCAGGAUCUUCAAACCCUGGAAAUGGAGGAAAAAGAAAAACGAAAAACUGAAGCAGACAACGUCAGCGCUGGAGAAGAAGAUGGCCGGCAGGCAAGGCCGAGAGGAGCUCAUCAAGAAGGGGCUGCUGGAGAUGAUGGAGCAGGAUGCUGAAAGCAAAACUUGCAACCCCGAUGGAGGACCCCGAUCUGUACAGAGUGAACCACCCACUCCCAAGUCGGAGACGCUGACUUCAGAAGAUGCCCAGCCCGGAAGCCCCUUGGCCACUGGGACGGACCAGGUCUCCCUGGACAAGCCACUGUCCUCAGCCGCCCACUUGGACGAUGCAGCCAAGAUGCCAUCUGCAUCCAGUGGUGAAGAAGCAGACGCUGGCAGCCUCCUGCCCACCACCAAUGAGCUCUCCCAAGCCUUAGCUGGGGCUGACUCCCUGGACAGUCCUCCCAGACCUCUGGAGAGAUCCGUGGGCCAGCUCCCCAGCCCCCCACUGCUGCCCACUCCGCCACCCAAGGCAAGCUCCAAAACCACAAAAAAUGUCACAGGCCAAGCCGCACUCUUCCAAGCCUCCAGCAUGAAGAGUGCCGACCCUUCCCUCCGGGGCCAGCUCUCCACACCCACGGGGUCUCCGCAUCUCACCACGGUCCACCGGCCUCUUCCCCCAAGCCGCGUCAUUGAGGAGCUGCACAGGGCGCUGGCCACGAAGCACCGCCAGGACAGUUUUCAAGGAAGAGAAAGUAAAGGGUCUCCAAAGAAGCGGCUGGAUGUCCGUCUGUCGAGAACGUCCAGCGUGGAUCGAGGCAAGGAGAGGGAGGAGGCUUGGAGCUUUGACGGGGCAUUGGAGAACAAGCGAACUGCCGCUAAGGAAUCUGAGGAGAACAAGGAGAACCUGAUCAUAAAUUCUGAACUCAAAGACGACUUGCUUUUGUAUCAGGACGAGGAGGCGCUGAACGACUCCAUUAUUUCUGGAACACUGCCACGGAAAUGCAAGAAGGAGCUCCUGGCCGUGAAGCUAAGGAACCGGCCAAGCAAACAGGAACUAGAAGACCGGAACAUUUUCCCCAGAAGGACUGAUGAAGAAAGACAGGAGAUCCGGCAGCAGAUCGAGAUGAAGCUUUCCAAACGGCUGAGCCAAAGACCUGCCGUGGAAGAGCUGGAGAGAAGAAAUAUCUUGAAACAAAGGAAUGAUCAGACAGAGCAGGAAGAAAGAAGAGAAAUCAAGCAAAGAUUGACAAGAAAGCUUAAUCAGAGACCCACUGUUGAUGAAUUAAGAGACAGAAAAAUUCUGAUACGAUUCAGUGAUUACGUGGAAGUAGCAAAAGCGCAGGACUAUGACAGGAGGGCAGACAAACCCUGGACGAGACUGUCAGCAGCAGAUAAGGCAGCAAUUCGUAAAGAAUUAAAUGAGUACAAAAGUAAUGAAAUGGAGGUACAUGCAUCAAGCAAGCACUUGACAAGAUUCCACAGGCCAUAGAGAUUUUCUUCUGAGAAGAAUUUGUGUUUAAUUUUUUGAUACCAACACUGAACAUUCAUCAGGGAACUUUCCUGAAGUUCAGCUCAAGACUACCCUACCUGCUGUGUUUGUGAGAAGAGUAGGAUCACACACACAGGUGCAAUCUUGACCACACUUACCUGCAAGAGGAGUAACCAGAGGACACACUUACUUCCUUCCUUCUUUGGUGUCUGAGGAGUGUGAACUGUUGGGGUCAGUUAAGACCCAACAUAACUCUAUCAGAAGAAAACUGUUGUUUGCCUUUCAACCUUGUUUUACAGUUCUGCAGUGUAAUGGAGGACGGGCAACGUGCAUGUGCAGGCUCACCACUCCCAGGCCUCUGACAUGAGGGACAUGUGACAGUGUCAUUCAGUAUUAUGUUCAAAAGACAUUUUUAUCCUGAUCAUAAUUAAUUUGAAAACUCUUUAAGUUCAUGUUAUACAAGAUGAUUUACUGUAUUAUACUUUUCCUUUUUUAUAUAAUGUCUAACAAAAAAUACAGCUGCAACAUUUUGAUUCCUGUUAAUUUUGUUCUUUAAUUAAAUGACUACUUAUUGCAGGAAAUUAA